AUGAAAGUUUCAAUUCAAUUCGCUUUGCUACGGCCAAUAUUUCUUUUUUCACUAUGCUUUACAAUUUUACCAACUCCUUUAAUGUCACAAAAGAAUUCAACAACGAAUACAUUAAGAUUAUUAGACCCUCUACUUUAUUCAACAGUGAAAACAUCUAACGCAGGAGUAGAAAAUGUAAAUGGCGAAAAGUGCAUUUACAUUUCAACGCCCCAAAAAGAGGAUAAUGUUACGGUUAAUGGACAACUAAUUACUUGGAAUUGCCCUGCUGGUCAUUUUUGUCCCAAUUUCAAUAAACAAUUUGACUGUACUCCUGGGUUUUUUUGUCCUGAAAAUUCCGCACAACCAAAUUAUUGUUGCCAAGGAUUCUAUUGUUCUGAAGAUACAAAAAGCAUACAAUUAUGCCCCGAAGGCCAUUUUUGUACUCUUGGUACAAUUAAUCCGGUACCCUGUACACUAGCAAUCUGUCCUCCUGGCUCAAUAAAGCAAAACAAAUAUUUUGUUGCCAUAAUAGUGAUUGGUUUUAUAAUUGUGAUUAUCGGGUUGUUUCAUUGCAAAAAAAGAUUUGUUAAUAAGAAAAAUGUCGAAUACGAUAAUAUAUUGAAUGAUCUUGCAAAUCAAGACAAAGAGGAUCUUUUGCGUACUAGGGGUUCAAAGUCUAUUAAUAUCAGUGUCGAAUUUAAUAAUCUAACAUUACAAUUACGUAACGGUAAAACUCCUCUGAAUGGGGUUUCGGGAUUAUUUUUACCUGGAAGGACUUGCGCGAUUAUGGGCCCAUCAGGUUCUGGUAAAAGCACUUUGAUAUCAAUUUUAGCCGGAAAAAUUAAAGCAACAAAUGGAGAACUAAAAGUUAAUGAUGAAAAGGUUUCUUUGGCAAAAUAUAGAAAGCUUGUUGGCUUUGUACCACAAGAAGAUAUAAUGAUACGUAAAUUAACUGUUCGAGAAAUCUUGGUGCAUUCGGCGUUAAUGCGUUUGCCAACUGACAUGCCAGUGGAGGAUAAAAAAAGGAAAGCAAUGGAAGUGAUUAAAUUUUUAAAGCUAGAUCACGUACUUAAUGAUGAAAUCGGAGAUGAGGAAAAGCGUGGUAUCUCUGGCGGAGAACGCAAACGUGUAAACAUCGGAAUGGAAUUAGUUGCUGAACCAUCUAUACUUUUCUUGGAUGAACCAACCUCAGGACUUGAUUCAGUUAUGUCGUAUGAAGUAUGCAAAAUGCUGAAAUAUAUCGCUGAAAUACAAAAUAUAACGAUAGUGGCGAUUGUCCAUUCACCAUCUCAGAAAGUCUUUAAAACGUUUGAUGACGUUUUGGUAUUAAAUGAGGAAGGAAAAUCUGAGUUUUCUGGACGUACAAAAUAUGUAAUAGAAGACUUUAAUAGUCGCAAUCCAAGAGGGGCUGAAGAAGGCCCGCAAGAUUAUAUAAUGGUGAACACAUCUAGAGGCGGUUCUGCGAGUAGAUCAAACACUGAAAAUAAACUUACAGUACAAAAUCAAUUUAUUAAUAUGUUGGAAGAUUGUAUUUCAUAUAUCGUUGACGUGAUUUUAGAGAUUUAUUCAACUCUUAAAAGCUUAUUUACAUCACUAAUAUGCAAAGAUGAUGAAAUUCGAAAUACUCCAAACAUAUUUUAUGCAUUUUACCUAUUACUUGGACGAGCUUUAGUGCAAGUUUAUAGAAGACCAUCUCAAUUUUUGUUUGAUCAAUUAUUGCAUCUUGGCUGUGGAGUCUUUGUUUCAUUGGCGAUUUCCAACUCUGGAUAUAUAGGAAAGCCUCCUAAAGAAAUUUGUGAUUAUACUCCAUAUGUUAUGAUGAAAUCUUGUGAGAACUCUUCUGAUUUUAUCCAG